ACGGCAACGGCCCAAUGUGUUUGUGUAUCGCCAGAGCUAAAGAAGCCGACGCUUUUUUCGUGGAAUAUUGACGUGAUUUCUGACUCUCGCGAGCUCCGGAGACUGUCCACAGACUUCUUGCAGGGUCUUGGAGUUCCAUUCAACAUCGCCAGCUACUCUCUACUGACAUACAUGAUAGCUCACUGUCUGCAACCUCAAGCCAGGAGACUUUGUACAUACUCUAGGAGACGCACAUGUCUACCUCAACCACAUCCAACCCCUCAAUAUACAGGAUUGUGGGUUAUAAUAAUUGGCUUAUCACAUUGUCUGCUGCCAGUAAACCUUAUUCCUCCAUCUCUAAGGACACCCCUGAAAAUAUAGACACUUACAGUAACAGUUCUUGCAUGCAAUUUAACCCCUGAAAUAAGGACACCUUACUUUCUUCUCCCUAUCAGUGUCAGGAUUAGAGGGGUUCCACUGUAUAAUGAACGUACCAAAACUUGCUAAACAGACUCUGAUUGAAUUUGUGGUAAUAAUAAGACCAUGGUAAUGAGAGGGGCAGUGUGUCAUUCCCCCAUUCCUGUCCCCAGCUGCAGCGGAGCCCGAGACCAUUCCCGAGACUGGAACUGAGAAGACAGGUCUCUGACAUCGACAAGUUUGUUUACGAUGACAUCAUUCUCCAUGACUACCAUCCUCACCCCAAGAUACACAUGGACAUGGCUGUCUAGCAUCUUUUAUUCCCUUUCCAUGUUGAUAUGUACUGCAUUACCUUCAGUGAAUAAUUACACGAAAUGACAUUCACAAC